AUGUCCGAUUUAAAAUUAAGAUCGCCUGAAUAUUUCCAACAUAAUGAAGACUGGAGCUUACUGGGUUAUUUGGAAUACCGCAAGACUCGAGAAGAUUUUCGAUCAAAUAAAGCAGAUGAACACUUCUUUUAUGCCAAAAAUCUUAAGUAUAUAGCUGAAGAACACGAAAAUAAGAAACACCGCGAAAAAGCAGAGAGGGUACGACCUAUUGACAUGUCGCGACAAAUGAUCACGGUUGUUUGUUGUCAAGCUACGGGCAUGGCAUGUUCCGCUCAAUCAUCUAACCAAAAGCUUUCAUCAGUAAAUUCGUUUUGGUUAUCGAUUUGCCAGAAUAAUUACGAGGAAAGAAUCGAACUUGAGAAGUUAAGACAUGCCGAAAAUACAAUACGUGCCGUAAAUGAAGAAACAGAAGAAGUUCGUUCCGUUUCAUCCUCUGAAACUGGGGUAUUGUUAAAACGUAAGAGACAAGAUGAUAUAAAUUGUUUUGAUAAGGGGCUGACAAACGAAACCAUACGAAUCACUAAUGGAACGGUAGUGGAAGAGUCCUCCUCUAAUUCCCUUAUGAACAUCUCCUCCGGGACUUCUUUAACGCGACUAUCUUAUACCGAAUUCCAAGUAGUAAACGAAGAAACUGGUAGCGAAAUAAAGUCUAUUGAUGAUGAUGAGACUUCUUUAACGCAACUAUCAUCUUAUACCGAGUCCCAAGUAGUAAAUGAAGAAACCGAUAGCGAAAUAAAGUCUAUUGAUGAUAAAAUCUCGCCUAAUCCCUAUACGAACAUCUCCUCUGAGACUUCUGUCAAAGUGGAUUCACCUUUGGCACUGGCAAAAGAAGUAGGGGACAAAAGCAAACAAACAUCGAAAUAUAUCAACCGAGAUAUAGCAUCAGAAGCUCUGAAAGCAUAUCAGAUGGAAGUCUUAGCGGGUAAAAAAUUAAUAUAUGAGGGCGUGGAUGUGUUAGAUUCGGCUCGCUCAAAUAUGAAUAUGAAAUCUAAGACAGCAAAAAGCCCUAUCUGUAUUGGUGUUAUUAACAUCCAUAAUCCAGACUGUACCAAGUUUUUACCAGAAAAUUUUAAGCGCUUUGUUGCAAAUCAGCUCAUAAACCAUGAAACUAAAGACAUUCAAUUUGCUAAUGAACGAAAAAUUGCUAAUUUUGCGGUUGAUUGUGAAGAGGAAGUGUUGCACUUCUUGGAGAAGUUUGAUCAUGUGGAGAAUUUGAAGUCUCUUGGAGAAUGUCUUGAUGAAAAUCCGAUUAACCAUUCCUCUGCAACGAACGACCUCAUUUACGUACAGAAUCUUUUCAACCAUUUCUUUUUCUUAUACAAAAACGAUAUUUUGCUACAGUCUAUAUCUGAAAGCGAAUUUAAUGCAUACGUAUGGACCCCGCUACUUAAGAAUGCAUUCCUAGGAAAGGAUGAUCUGAAGUUAAGUUGUGGAGAAUUGGCGUCAAAUUCGUACGAAAAAUUAAAGGAGAUCUUAGAUAUUGGUGGUCGCAGUGCACCAAGAUUAGAUGGUAAAGGGCUCCUAAAAGCAUUGGGCACCGAAAUUCUUGUUCAGGAAGACGGUGUCCUUAAUACUCGCAGUAAGAGGAAAGGCGAUCUCAAAAAGUUGGAAUACUGUUCGAAGGUGAUCCUUACAACCUUAUUUUUUGCGUUACCUUCUGAAGCAAAAAAUUAUAUCACAAAAAUUGAGACCUACAGUAUUCAGUCAAACGGGUUUCGCCUCUCGAUCUCCGUAUCAAAAUAUUUAUUUGAGAACACCAUCAUCAUGAUGGACUUGCAAGAUGUAGAAGUUCCGAGAACUGUGGAAGGAUUCUCAAAAUUGAUAAUGGCCGUGAAGGUAAUUCUUUCCUGGAAAGCUCGAACUAGAAAGAACACCAUGGAAUUCUACAAGGCGCUAAAAAAAGGUCACAAACGUCUGGAAAAUGGCACGUUAUAUUGUUUUUUUCCGAAUGGUGGUAGCGAAUUCAGACUUUUACUAGUAACUAAAGAUGAUUUAUAUUAC